AUGGCUGGUUUCAAGCGCGGUGGAUCUCGCGGGGGCGGGAGUGCGUACAAGAAAGGCUUCACGAAGAAACGCGCUGCGCCGGACGACGAUGAAAGCGCACCACGCACAGGCAAGAAGUCCAAGGGUGACGAGGAGGAUGAAGAAGACGACGCAACUCCGGUCGUACCAGAACUCAAAACAAAUGACGAUGGCGAAAAAUUUGUUGGCCUAAGUGCAGGCGGCAAGCGACGCAUCACCAUUCGCGAAUUCAAGAACACUCUACUAUUAGACGUUCGCGAGUACUGGACAAACGACGCCGGAGAGCUGAAGCCCGGAAAGAAGGGCAUCUCGCUGAAUCUCGACCAAUACAACACGCUUGUUGCCGCUCUACCUUUGAUUGAGGUAGCCCUUGCCGAGAAGAAGGCAACCGCUGCAAGGCCGGAUUACGAUGCUGCACCGCCAGCCACUACUACAUCGAAGGACGAGGCUGAAGACGAACCCCUAGACGCAUCGGCCGACGAGGUCGACAAGGUCGACGAAGAGGAGGGAUCGGGUUCGGAGUGA